AUGCAUGGAAUAAUACGCGGCGAAUAAAUCCCGACUGUCCGUGUCGCGAAAUAACGUUAGAUGGGGAAGAAAAAUAAUGAACGAUCAUUUUAAACGUCUCACAGUCAUGAAUAAAAUAUCGGAAGAAGUGAUCAUCAUCGGGUAGAGAAAGAGGAAAACCGGCCAUUUAUCAUUUUCCCCUCCCCUUUUGAGAUAUCCAUUGCCUAUGGGUAAAAGGCUGGGAGGCUAAACGGGAGAUAGUUGGAAAGAAAGACGGCGCUUGACAUUAAACUAGGCGGGAAAAAACGGCUUAAAACCUACGGCGCUCUCGACGGUUUUUUGAGUCUCCUGCAAAAGAAGAGGAAAUUUUUACCAACGAGGAAGGACGUGACAGGGAAAGAGAAAAGCGGGUAGCAAUCGCUCGCUUGGAUACACAAUUCCACUUGUAUAUAUAUCACAGAAUGAAGUCGAGGACAAAAUCAACAAAAACACUAACUACGACAAUGACGUCAUACCGCCUACAUCCUAUGGUGACAUCGCUAGUCCUCACAGUGCUGGUACUCUACAUCACAAUAUGGCCUACCAGGGUGGAAGCAAAUGGUCGUUUGGGCUGUCACGUCAGGCAAUACUUACAAUACAAGGCAGAAAAACCCGGAUGUCGGCCACAAAAUCUUGUUUUAGAUGCCUGUUUUGGGAGGUGCGAUACAUACGAGGUCCCCGAGUUAGAAUUUCCGUUCAAGUCUUCGCACCACGAGAUGUGUUCAUACCACCAAGUCCAGCUUGCCACGAUAGAACUUGACGAUUGUGAUCCAGGUGUGAACAGGACCUACACCUAUCGGAACGCCAAGAGUUGCAAAUGCCGAAACUGUACACCGUUCAACACAUUCUGCUUCGGACUAUCCCUCUAAUUCGACCUCUUUCAUUCCUUGUUUUCUAGCCAUCGUGUAAAUGCGUGUGCAAUGACUAUCUAAAUCAAGUAGGCCCAGAGAUUAACAAAAUUAUAUGUAUUGUCCCUUAGUUAACUGCGUUGGCGGAUCCAGGGUGGUUGGCAUAGAGGGGAGUACUUCACCUCCGCUCUUCUACGACCAUCUUCAAUUCCACUUAUAAAAUGAUGUAAUCAUUCACAGGCUUAUGGGAGCUUUAAAAAAGGGAUAGCUGCAUGGCUCCUCCUUCAACCCUUUAAUUCUACAUCCACCACUGUAAUGUAUCACGACAAGCAUGUUUGAAAAGAUUGAUAAGAUUUGGACUUGAAUUAUACAACUUUAUGCAAAGUCUGUAAUCUAACCUGUGUGUCAAUUUGCCAAAUGAAUGAAAAAUAGGUAAAUAGAUAAAUCACCUUCUCAUGACUUUUCUUCGUUAUCUGUUUUCAUUAAAAUGAGACCAAUCUCAUAAGAUCAAUAUACAGAUUCAAGCAAAUGUUGCCUUUUACUCACUUCGUCAAAAUCCAUAUCCAUAUCCCCCUUUUAUUCCUUUCAUUCUAUACAUCUCCCAUUUUCCCUCUUUUCCUUUACGGUAAACAAACGUUACUACAAAAAUAAAACACUCCAUUCAGGCACCUCCUCUAAACCCCAUGUGUAGAGUCAUGAACUAGCCCUCUUGACGAUGUGCAGCUUUAUUUUCUCCUUUGUGUUUUACCAAGACUUUUCAGUGGGGUGGUAUACAUGUCCAAGAAAUGUGCAAAGAAGUUAAGAUAAAUAUUAAUUUUGAAGAAGAGCAGAAUAUUACCACCUCGUUAAUGUUAAUAUCUCAGAUAUUCAAUGGAAUUCAAGGAAUAGACCUUUUUAAAUAAUGUACGGAUCUGUGCCAUUUAAAUUCAUUCGUGGAGUCUUCCUCGACUUACUUUCUGAACUCAAGGGAGAAGAAUUACACAUCAUUUUGUUCGUCCACACGCACAUCAUAAGGUGAAAGCCCUUGUCUGAUGUAGCUAGUGACCUAGAUUAUCACGUUAAAGCAUCUCAUUACCAUUCUUUCGUGUUACUGCUCAAAUUAUCAGACAUCAUUAGACUACAGUAUCCUGACAAUUAGAAAUCAGUUUCCAUGGUUACUGUCGUAUGCAUACGGUUGUGAGAAAUGUGACCGAUAUCGUGCUGCUAAAGCACGAUAGUCAUUGCACAAAACCCUUUACUAAAAAACCUUCACGCGCGCCCCAAAUGUCAACUCUUGGAGAUUUUCUCUAUGCGGUUAUGUUUAUGGUAAAAUGCACUUAUUUCUCUGUGUAAAUGAGCAAUCUUAUUCUGUAUGUAUUGUAUUAUAAACUUUAAAAAAAAUAUAGUUGUAAAAAUGCUAGUUGUUAUUGUAAAGAAAAACUUCACUGUACACAGGCUUUAUAUAAUUCAGUAAGGGCCUUUGCUUAUAGUUGGAAGGCUAGAUCAUACCGGUAGUGUUGUGCAGUUUACAUUAUACUGUAGUUUUGAUUAUCAGUUUCAAAAAUAUUCUACUUAGAAACGGUUUUAUGACUUUAUUCUAUGUAUGUUAUAGGCAAAGUUAUGCAAUUUUCAUCAAUACAAUAUCAAGAAAACCGUUGCUGAAUUUCGGGUCAGCUUGCAUUUCACGAUUUGAUAAUGCCGAAAGUUCAUUUCAUUUUUAUAAUUUUGUUUAUGUACAU